AUGUUCAACAAUGAAGCGGUUAAAGAAUUGUUACAAAAGGUCAACAAGCUGGAAAAAGAAAAGGCCAAAACAGAAUUAGAGCGUGAUAUUCUAAUGAAACAAGUUGAUAAUUUGAUGAAAGCUUCUGAUCAAGUCAGAGCAGUGUUGAUAAACCAAGAGGAAACAAUGAACAGGAUGAAGAAUGAAGCUCAUGAUAAUUCGAAGGUGUUUGAAUUGUUGACUGCACAGAUUGCUUCGUUUAAUGUGAAGAUAAAAAACUUGGAAGAGGUGAAUCAGACGCUUAAUCAGCUUCUCAGUGAGAUGAGUGAAGCUUCAUCAAACGAAAUAAAGGCGAUGAAGUUGGAAAUGGAAGCCAUGAAGGCAGACAAAGUGAUGAAAGAUGAACAACUUCAUAUGCUAUACUCUGUCAUGGAGAGUCAUUUCAAGAUAGAUGUCCAUGCCGCAUUCAAUGAAAUAGAAGUGAAAAGAGCUGAAGAAAGAAGAAUGGAACGUGAAAGACGUCUAGCUGAAGAAGCCACCCAAAAGAACAAAGGUGUGAUUGAUGAUACUCAAGAAGCUGGUGGAUCGUUAAGUCAACCUGAAAUUGGUGGUUCAUCAAACCAAGAAGAUAUAGAAAUGGUUGAUGCUGAAAAUGUUCAGGAACAUGUUGAUCAAGGCUUCAUGAUGGUUGGAGAGUCUUCUGAACCUUUGGAUGCUGAAAAUGUUCUUAGAAAAGUGGCUGUUAUUCAAAGAAAGAAAAAGGCUAGAGAAAUGUUGUUACUAGAGUGGAAGACAGAUCAGUUCGUACUUGUUGGUGAUGCCUAUCCAGUGCCUUACAAUGUUCAAGAAGUUGCUCGUGAAAUGAAAGUUAAAGAAAGGCGAAGAAAGGCAAAGAAAGUUCGUGGAGAAAUCGUUGAUGAUGACUCCGAUGUAGAGCUGUUUGGAGAUGAUGAAGAAGAAAAUGAAGAUGAUAAUGAUGAAAAGGAUGACAAGCCUGAUGAUCAUGAUGAUAAAGAUGAUAAGGGAGAUGAUGAUAACGAUCAGGGUGCUUUCGGGUUAUUAAUCAAAGAUCCAAUUGUUCAAGAAAGAAUCAAUGAAUUGAUGAAUGAUGAAAUCAAUGAACAAGAGGAUGACUUUCAAAAUGAAGCUUCAUCAUCAGGAAAGCAGCAUGUUGAUCGGGUAUUCCUCUCAAACCCAACUGUUAUUUACUUGAAUGCUCAACAAGAAGGUGAGGUUGAGGUUAGAAGAACUAGAGCUGAAAUGCUAUAA